AUGAAUUUCGUAAAAACAUAUUAUAAAAAUUGCAUGGAUGCAUGUACACCUGCCAAAUAUUCUAUAGACCAAAACGAAAUAAACCUAGCUGAUAUAUCUACACGAUUAAAUCUAAAAAUAUUUGACUUUUAUAAUACCACGCCGAGUGAUAUAAGUAUGAUAGAUCUUUAUGAAAAUAAAUUAUUGAAUAAUGGAAAUGAUCAUGAGAAUCUUGAAGUUCAUAAAAAGGGGAUGAAGCAAAAAAAGAAAAAUAAGACAAUGUUGACAAAAAAGAAAAAGAAAAGAAAGAAUGAUUGUACACAUCUGGAUAACUUAAAAAUUAUGGAUAACGUUUUUCUUACACAUGUCAAUGAAACAUGUAAUUUUAAUAAAAAAAAUCACAGAAAUAAUCAAACUAGUAAUGAUAAAGAGAAUAAAGAAUAUUAUAAAAAAAAGGGUGAUAUUUAUAUAGAAAAUGCCUUUACAAAUAUUUUAUCAAAUAAAAUAUAUGAUAAAACCAUAAAUAUACCUUAUAAGGAUUAUAACAAAAAGAAAGAAAAAAGUAUAAAUAAAUGUAAUACUUUAUUAAAAGAACCAAUAAGGGAUGAAAAAAUGAUAUCUCAUAAAUAUAAACAGGAAGAUAAAAUAAAAGAGGGGAAAAAAAAGGGAAGGAAGAAAAAAAUUUCAAAUAAAAAGUUAAGAAAAAAAAAUGAACCAAAAAUGUUACAUGAAAAUAUUAAUGUUUUAAAAAAAGGAACAAAUAAUUCCUAUCAUGAUACAUAUGCUUUGAAUUCUCCAAAUGCAAAUAUUAUACCUUCAUCAAAAAUAUAUAUACCUAGAAUUAAUUUAUCCAGAUUUAAUUAG